AAUAUAGUCCAGGAGUACGCGACGCGUCUACGUCAAAGUGUUGCGGAGGAUAACAUAAUUCGCGAUUUCCGUGAUAGAUUCAGCCAUCGAUUUCAAGAGCUAUGCAUGGUACACUUGUCCUUCCUCAUCGAUAUUCCGUGGGAUUUGUUCGGCCAACGUGUUUCGUCUACACAGGAUUGUACACCGAAGUCAGCACUGAAACGACUACUGGCCGGGUCCAGAGUCAAUCCACAGCAAUUAAAAUUCGAGGCCAUUUCUGGAACGGUUUCCGAUAACAUAGUCAGUUUGAUCGAACUUCUUGAUACGGAUGAAGCAAACGUAGAAUGCGAUUCGUACAUGUUUGAUAUUAACAAACUAGGUCAAAUGUUCGAUUUGCCCUUUUAUCCAGCUUGUUCAACCGAAGGCAUUUUCCGCAAAGCCGGGCACUUGGUCAGAAAACGUCAGCUUCAGGAGACCAUCUUUCAACCAUCAUUUGAUGCUGCAUGUUUACUUUGGGAGAGCUACAGUGUGCAUGACUUGGCAGCUGCUUUGAAGUCGGUGCUUGGACAUCUACCCUCCCCGCUGCUUACGGACCGCUUGAUGCCUCUGUUUAUUUCUGUCUCAGGUCUCAGAACGACGGAGGUCAGAUCCACUUUUUCGGAUACCGAACUGUUGGAAUCCGACCCAUCCCAAAGUCCUGUUUCAAGAUUUCGUCUUAUUGAAGACCAUCAGCGCAUUGACUUAAUAACAGGGAAGCAGCUCAAGGCGCUCCGUCUGCUUGUCCAGCUACUGCCGGCGUCAAACAAGCGCGUUCUUCGACGCUUGUUACGCCUAUUGUCACGAGUUGUUCGGUUAGAGUCACAGAAUCGGAUGAACAGUAUCUGUCUUGGCACUGUUUUUGGACCAGUAUUAUUUCCCCAGGGUAUGGACCAAGAUAUAAUAACCAAGACUUCAAGGGUGGUGGCAUCGGACUGCCCGGAAAGGUGUAAACGCUUGGCCGCCUUGACAACGGUUUUGAUCGAAGCUGGUUUAGAUAUCUUCUUGCUUCCUCGUUCCUUAGCGGAAGAUGUUCACGCGAACAGUACACUCUUCUUGGAUCAUUCGCAGAUGUGUCUGAAAGACCCACAUACCACAUCGCUUUCAAGCACGAGCGCAUCUCCCAAAGGAUUCUCGUAUCCUAGCUUCGCAACAGAUUCUUCCUUGCGAUCGACAUCUUCCGACCACUCCCCACCACUGGUAACAGGUAUCCGGUUUGCUACACCCACAGUAGGAAGCACAUCCAUAUGUGGCUCACAUCAGGUCUCCCCACAGCUUAUUUCACCAUCGCCAAUAUCUACAAAUUUGAUUUCGGACUCCAGCAAGACGUCGUCCGCCAGAUGUAAGCUCGUAUCACCAUUUAGUCUCGGGGCUAGCGGAUCCACGCCUAGAGGCGAGCGCUGUCGGACCCCCGAGGUUACAAAAUUUCAUCCCCAAAAUGUCACACUUAGUACGUUAGUGACAGAUCCUGUCCUUUUACCCUGCCACAUUCCGCGAGCGGAACGAGUUUCGAACUGGCAGAAGAAACCUCCAACUCUACUGGCCAGGCGAAGCUCCUUGAGCGUCAUACCUUUGAAGAGCCUAAACACCGUUAGUGGACGUGAUGUGGUAAGUCGCCGA